AGGGCAGCCCCGAAAAUGAACGCCAACCAGUCCGUCCGCUGGCGCCGAACGGAGUCCAGCGGGGGUGCCGAGGAGGGCCCGGGGGGCUGGCAGGGAGGGCCCGGCCCCGCUGCCUUGGAGGAGCCGUGCCCGGUGACAGCGCCGCGGGAGGCCGCGGAUGGCCGGGCUGAGCGGAGCGGCCCGGGCCGGGUUCAGCAGGCCGCGCCCAGGGCCGCGGAGGCCGAGCCGCGCCCCAUGGAGCGGGGCGGGUUCCCGUGCGCUGCUCGGAGCGUGCUGGGAGCGGCGGGAUUGCUGGCCGGGCUGGCGGCGAUCGGCGGGCUCGCUGUUGUCUUCUACACUGGAGUAGCUGUGGGACAAAAAAUGUGUCCUAAAGGAGUGGAAAACUAUGUGGCAUCCAUGGUGCUGAGUGCAGUUGGUGACACAGUGGCAUAUUACAACGGGAGAUGGGAGUUCCAGAAGAGUGGCCCAGUCAUCCACAAGGAGCUGGCAGACAUGGGGGGGCUGGCCAACAUCAGCCUCCAGGGCUGGAUAGUCAGCGAUGACACCGUGAUGCACUUGGCCACGGCCGAAGCUCUGGUGGCAGCUGGGAAAAACCCAACGUUACCACAUCUCUACACUCUGCUUGCAAAGAACUACAAGGAGUGCAUGAAUGACAUGGAGGGCAGAGCUCCAGGUGCCAUGUCUAUGGAAAGCACCAGGAAGCUGGCUCCGGGGCAGCCCGACGGCUGGCGGAUCCCGUUCAGCCCGCGGGCAGGGGGCUGCGGGGCCGCCAUGCGCGCCAUGUGCAUCGGGCUGCGCUUCUACCGGCCCGCCCAGCUGGACACGCUGAUCCGCGUCAGCAUCGAGAGCGGCCGCAUGACCCACCACCACCCCACCGGCUACCUGGGGGCCCUGGCCUCAGCCCUCUUCACGGCUCACGCGGUGAACGGCGUGCCCCCCGUGGCCUGGGGGAAGGGGCUCGUGGAGGUGCUGCCACGGGCAAAAGCCUACGUGCAGGAAUCCGGCUUCUAUGUGAAGGAGAACAUGGAGCAAUGGUAUUACUUUGAAGAGAAGUGGAAAAAAUACCUGGAGGAGAGAGGCAUCUCGGACGGGGUCUCAUCACCCAAAUUCCCGGCCAAGUACGGCGUGGAAGAGAGAGACUCGUUCUACACCUCGCUCAGCUACAGCGGCUGGGGCGGCAGCAGCGGGCACGACGCGCCCAUGAUCGCCUACGACGCCCUGCUGGGCGCAGGGGACUCCUGGACGGAGCUGGCUCACCGCGCCUUCUUCCACGGCGGGGACAGCGACUCCACGGCUGCCAUCGCCGCCAGCUGGUGGGGCGUCAUCCACGCCUUCAAGGGCGUUCCCCCCAACCUCUACGCCCACCUGGAGUACAAGGAGCGCCUGGAGAAGGUGGCCAAGGACUUGUACAGCAUACUGUAGGCAGGAGAUGGCAGCCACACCACAGGCACAACUACUCAGCAGCUGUCCCGUGCUCUCUCGCUUGGUUUGCAAAGCUGCCAGAUUAAAUCUUGAGAAUGUAAGCCAGAGUCAGACCUGCCUUUUCUCUACCAUCAGAUCAAAUGUCAUUCUGAGGGGCUACUGUAAUCACAAACUUAUUCUCAGCUAUCCCCUACAUUGGACAAACACCAGUCAAAUGAGCCUGAGGUGGGUUCUCUGUCGAUAACCCCACACUACCUCGAUUCUUUGCCCUUCAUUUCCUCCUCUCAUUCGUCAUCAUAGGCCCCACACUCGGCCAUCUCACCUUCCCCCAUGAAACAGGCUCAAAUAACCCGCUAGGCAUCCCCUCAGACUGUGACAAAAUCCCCUUCCACCCAUACUAUAUUAUUAAAGACAUCCUAGGAUUCGUACUAAUUCGUGUGCUGGCUUCAGCGGGGAGGCCACAUCGGUGCUAGUUUGGGGCUGGUGGUUUGAUGGGAACACACAGUGGUGCCCCAGACAUCCCUCCUGUGCUGCAGGGUGGCUGCACAUCGUGUGGCCCUCAAGAGGAGCAGGAGCACCCACAGCAGCCCUGCUGGGCCUGCUGCAGCAGCAGGACAGGCAGCAAACCCCACUGAAACCCCCCAAACCAGCAUCGGGCAAAAGCAGCCAAUUGUGUCUGGGGGCAACAGAGCUUUCUUAUAACAUUAUUUUAGCAGAGGAUGUUUUUUGUUUCAAAUGAAUGUGGAAAAAACCCCCAAACCCAACCUUAAACCCAAUUCUACACCACUCCUGCAAUACACGUACAAUGCAUCAUGCUACUUGCCUAUUUCAGUGAAUAUGGGAGAAUUCAGGACUCCUGACCAAAUCCUUACUUAAGGCAAAGUGGGUAAGGAGAAUUAAAUAGGUUGCAUUGUACCUCAGCUUCAUCAGCUUCUGUAGUGAACUAUAUUCUGCUUUCAUCAAGGUUACUAGAAGUAAUUUGCUUAACAUUUGCUACGCAUAAUUCUAUGAAAAUAAGGUUUUUCUUCAAAUCCAGACUAUGACACAGCAAAGUACUUCUACUGUUUUCAGAACAAUUUCAAAAUGAGUGUGUUCAAUAAAAUGUCCUGACAGA